CGUGAAUGAAAAAGAUUACGAUUGUGAUAAUUAAAACAGAUGCAUAAUAUUUAAAGAGCAAUAAAACGAUUUUACUUUUUUUCCUGCAUAGAAAUCGGGCGAAAAUGCAUUUAUUCAUACUGGUUGGUUUAGUUAUCGGGGCAUUAGCCAACGAUGAAAAGAAUUGUGUGGAGUUACCUGAACCAGGAUUUUGCAGAGGAAAAUUUGCGUCCUACUACUACGAUGCAAACGAAGAUGAUUGCGUUGAAGGAUGUGGACAAAAUGGUAACAGCUACGUUACCUAUGACGAAUGCAAAAGCGCCUGUAUAGAUUCCAAAUCUUGGGGAUCAGAUGUAUGCAACUUACCUUUUGAACCCGGAACUGGUUCUGACAAUCUGAAGAGGUUCGGUUUUAACAAUGCAUUAGGUGAAUGCACACGAUUUGUAUACACUGGAGAAGGUGGGAAUGGAAACAACUUCGAAAGUUUGGAAGAAUGCCGUGGAGUAUGUGGAAAGGCUGAGCAUCUUCCAUCAGCGUGCCAACAGGAGAAAGAAGUUGGAGAAUGCAGAGCCGCUGUUCCCAGGUAUUUCUACAACCAAGAAACUGGAGAAUGUGAAUUCUUUAUUUAUGGAGGAUGCAACGGCAAUUCAAAUAAUUUCAACACCAAAGACGACUGUGAAGACGUCUGCAAAGCUUAAAUUGUCGACAUUUUUUCAAGAGGAUUUUCAAGAUUUGGAUCACGGAUAACAACUGAAGUUCCACUAAGUGCCCGAUAUGAAAUUCCUGUAAUUGAAUUUUUAAAUAUUUGAUCUAUUACGAAGUUCUAUUUUUAAUUUAAAUUGUAACAUAAGAUGAAAAUCUGAUCAUUUAAUAAAUGGAAUUUGAGGUUGG